AUGGUCCGAAAGCCUAAGGCUGUUUGGCCCGGCCUUGAACGAAGGGGCAUGUACCAUAAGCAAAUAGCUGGUGAUGGCAAUUGUCUUUUUGCAUCCCUAUCAGACCAACUCUACGGUGACCCGACGAGACACCCUGAGAUCCGUGCCAGAGUCAUCGACCACAUGAGAAACCUCCGGCCUCUAUUUGAAGACUACGUGAACAAAAAUGAUGUACAACAGCGUCGGAAACUACGAUCUGCAACCGCUGCAAGUCGUCAAGAACCAGAAGACGCGUUUGAGCAUUACUUGACACUCAUGUCUCAGAACGGAACCUACGGCGGAGAACCUGAGCUCGUGGCCUUCUGUCAGGUCUUCGACCAGGAUGUGACAGUUCACCUGCCACGCCUUCGCAACUUCGACCAAGACCACCUCUUCUAUACAAAUGAGCAUCGACAGGCCCCUUCUCCUGCACCUCCGUUGGACAUCUGCUAUGGAGGAGAUGAGGUCACACGAGCACAUUACGACUCAGCUCGACCCAGAGAGGACUCAACCCCAAGAAGCCGGAAUAAGCCCACGGUCAUAUCUUCUGAUCUCUCUGGCAAUAUUCAAGCAGUCUCACCAAACCCCAGACCGUUUCCGAAUGUGAGUGAUCGACAAAUCCGAAACGAUAGAUCUGACCUUCCACCCACACUUGUGAAUCCUGAAUACCAAAAUGCGGAGAAUCUUAUCGUUAGAUGGACCGAGCCAUUUAUACCUUUUCACCGCAGAGUCAGAACUCCAUCUGUCACCUCCUCCCAGAGGAGUUCAAGCUCGAAGAGAUCACUAGAAGAAGAUAGCGAGCCCAUCCGAGCCAGCAAACGCACCGACGCGGGGAUCAGCAAGCGGAUGAGAAAACGCGAUCACAUACUCAAGAAGCCAAUCUAUGUCGUUGUGAAUGAUAGUGAUGACGAAGACGAUGGCCUUUCACCUCGCAUGGCAACCGAAUCGCCGAAUGCGGACACACCUUCCAGUACACAAGACACAGAUCCGUGCUCCGAUACACCAUCGACCGAGUAUGAAACUACAAUAAUCCAAGAACCGCCAUGCUCGGUGGAUAUUCGACAAUAG